GCUCUAUCAUGUUCUGCCAAGGUGUAGUUUUCAUUGUACUCCUGGGUGUAAAACAAUCAGUUCUGGAGGUCUUGGGAACUGAAGUGGACCUGAAAAUCAGACCAGGAGAUAAUGUUACCCUCUACAGUGACUGUGUUUGGACCAGUGGUUCACAUAGUUGGUGGUUCAGAAAUUGUUCACAUUACAGACAGCCAUCUUUCAAUGUGUCGACCAAGCAUUUAUUUUCCAUGUCAACUCAAACAACAUUGGAUUCAAAUAUCCCUCGUUACACUUUUCAUCUGAACUCUUCCAGCAAUUCUCAUGAUCUUGUAAUUGAGAACAUAACUGAAUCUGACCUGGGAGUGUACUACUGUUCAAUCUCCAAGAAAAUCGUGGUCGAUGAAGGUGUAAUUAAGCAAACAGAAACUCAUCAUUUUAGUAAAAUCAUCUAUAAGCUGUCCUUUGAAGGCUUCCACCCCACUCCUCCACCCUCUAGUCAUCUUCCUCCUGAUGGUGGUCAGUACUGGAUACUGCUGGUCAUCUUGUGCACGGUGUGUACUCUGCUCUCUACCCUCAUCUCCUCCACCUGUGUGUACUGCCUCUGCCGUAAGACUGCACAUGUGAAAUCUGGGGUGCAUCUGACGAAGAGAGACACUCGAGGAACCAAGCAGGAUGAAGACAAAGAGGUGUGUUAUACUUCGCUGGAUAUGCCAUACAAAGCAAAACCCAAGAAAAAAAUAAAUCAAAACUCUGACUUCAGCACCUACUCUGAGGUCAGAACUCAUCACUGA